UUACAGGUUAUCCCAGGGCCAAAGAACCUAAAGUGGCUGGAGUUCUGUAAGGACAUCCUAUAUCCAAUCAUCAGUGGGUACUACUACAGUUCCCUGUAUCUUCACCGCAUCCAGCAAGAGAAUAUUUGCAUAAGUGAAAGCACUUUUGUGACCUCAGUUCAAGAUUACAUAAGGCGGCAGUUGGUUCUGGGCAUGGAAUCUCGAGAGGAGAUUCUUGGGGCAGGUCACUUGAAGAACUCCAUUCAGUUGUGGCUGGCAUGGAAAAUCCUUGAUUGCACCAAGCAUUUGGACACUGCUGCCUACUGGAUUCAUGAUGAUCAUCAAUUCCAGCCGAAGACCAUACAUAAUCUUGUGAAGCAUAUGAGCUCCUUUAAGGUUAUCCCAGGGCCAAAGAACCUAAAGUGGCUGGAGUUCUGUAAGGACAUCCUAUAUCCAAUCAUCAGUGGGUACUACUACAGUUCCCUGUAUCUUCACCGCAUCCAGCAAGAGAAUAUUUGCAUAAGUGAAAGCACUUUUGUGACCUCAGUUCAAGAUUACAUAAGGCGGCAGUUGGUUCUGGGCAUGGAAUCUCGAGAGGAGAUUCUUGGGGCAGGUCACUUGAAGAACUCCAUUCAGUUGUGGCUGGCAUGGAAAAUCCUUGAUUGCACCAAGCAUUUGGACACUGCUGCCUACUGGAUUCAUGAUGAUCAUCAAUUCCAGCCGAAGACCAUACAUAAUCUUGUGAAGCAUAUGAGCUCCUUUAAGAAGAACAAGGCAAGGAAAGCCCUGCAUCACAAUCGAGUUGUGGAAGCACGCAAGAUUGGAAGAAAGCAAGAGCAUAGAAGGAGAAGGGAAAGAGAACAACUUGGCCUUGCUCCACAGAGGAUUACUCGAGAUGCAUAUGUUCAGAAAUUGGAGCAAGCUCCAGAAGGCCCAUGCAUAUGCAUUGACUUCAGCUUCUCUGCUCAAAUGACUGUAAAGGCCCAGUUGGGGAGGCUUAAACUGGAGUAUAGAGCAGAAAGUCCUGCUGAUAUUUUCCAGUGUGAUUCUCUGGUCUUCCUGAGCCCUGAUGCAGAAGCUCCCCUGGAGUGCCUUGACUCCUCUCAAGUGUAUGUCAUUGGAGGCUUGGUAGAUGAAACAAAAGUGAAGACCAAUGCAGAGGAAACCAGCGCUGAUGAGCUUCCAGUGAAUGAAACAGACGGCAGCGUCGAUUUUCCCCCUGAUAUCUUGCUUAUAGUUGUUGUAGAGUAA